AGACCGCUCGGGGAGCCGUUGGCGGUUGAGACCUUCUGCCAGGCCAGAUCAGACCGGACCAGACGCGGACCCGGACACGGGAGAACAGUUAUUUUCUGAACAUGGAUUCAGGCAGCAGCAGCAGCAGCAGUAGCAGUGGCAGCAGCAGUGGCAGCUGCAGCACCAGUGGCAGUGGCAGCACCAGUGGCAGCAGCACCACCAGCAGCAGCAGCAGCAGCAGCAGCAGCAGCAGCAGCAGCAGCAGCAGCAGCAGUAAAGAAUACAUGCCUGAACUGCCAAAACAGAGAAAGGCUAGCUGUGUCGUGAUUGACUCCGAAUCCGACUCCGACAAUACCAGUGACGAAAAGAACACUACAGUCUGUGAAAUAAGCAGUGGAGAUGAGACUUCUGACAUUGAUCGUCCCGGAGGUCAGAAGCUUCCACUAAUUGUUAUUGAUGAUGAUGAUGAUGGCAGCCCUGAUUUGAAGAAUACUAAGCAGAAAAGUGAUGAGCCCCAAAUGUCGGUGCUUGAAAAAGAGGGGGUUGAAUGUAUUGGUUCUGACUCGACUUCACCUCAUGAUGUUUGUGAAAUAUGGGAUGUUUGUGGGAGUUCCAACCAGACAUCAAGUGAGCUUGAGCCAGAGGGGGAGCCUGAAUCAGAGGCCAAGGGGGAGCCUGAAUCAGAGGCCAAGGGGGAGCCCGAAUCUGAGGCCAAGGGGGAGCCCGAAUCUGAGGCCAAGGGGGAGUCCGAAUCUGAAGCCAAGGGGGAGAUGGAGACUGAGGCCAAGGGGGAGUCCGAAUCUGAAGCCAAGGGGGAGAUGGAGACUGAGGCCAAGGGGGAGUCCGAAUCUGAAGCCAAGGGGGAGAUGGAGACUGAGGCCAAGGGGGAGCCCGAAUCUGAAGCCAAGGGGGAGAUGGAGACUGAGGCCAAGGGGGAGCCCGAAUCUGAAGCCAAGGGGGAGAUGGAGACUGAGGCCAAGGGGGAGUCCGAAUCUGAAGCCAAGGGGGAGAUGGAGACUGAGGCCAAGGGGGAGUCCGAAUCUGAAGCCAAGGGGGAGAUGGAGACUGAGGCCAAGGGGGAGCCCGAAUCUGAAGCCAAGGGGGAGAUGGAGACUGAGGCCAAGGGGGAGCCCGAAUCUGAAGCCAAAGGGGAGCCCGAGCCCGAGGCUGCUAAGGGGGAGAUGGAGACUGAGGCUGCUAUGGGGGAGGUGGAGACUGAGGCUGCUAUGGGGGAGCCCGAGCAAGAAAUUACAGCUGAGGAAGCCAAAAAGAAAAGGGCUGCAUAUCUGCUGGCACAACAAAGGAAAAGAAAGAGAAAGAACAGAUUCAUAUGUAUGUCAUCAAGUAAGCCUCGUAGGAAACGCCGUAGGGCUGACCCACAGGAUGGGGCUGACCCACAGGAUGGGGCUGACCCACAGGAUCGGGCUGACCCACAGGAUCUGGCUGACCCACAGGAUAGGGGUGACUCACAGGAUAUGCCCAGCCUGCCAGGUACAUCUGAUGAGCCCAUUCCAUCGGGCCAGCCUGUUUGUCCCCGAAAAGGCAUGGCUUCAAGUAGAGGAAGGGGCAGGGGCAGAGGCAGAGGCAGAGGCAGAGGCAGAGGCAGAGGCAGAGGCAGAGGCAGAGGGGCAAAGGCAGGAAAGUGAAAAGGGCCUUUUUGCAAAUUGCCACUGGUUAGGGAGCGCCACUGUCCAUUUUCCUUAUGUUCCAGUAUAUCAGCAUUCCCCAAUGUUCAAUCCCCCUGCAGUGUUUGUUUCUUUUUCUUUUUCUUUUUCUUUUUUCUUUUUUCUUUUUUCUUUUUGUUGAGUCAGGGUUUCUCUGUAUAGCCCUGGCUGUUCUGGAACUGGCUUAUAAAGCAGGCUAGCCUCAAACUCAUAUUCACCUACCUUUUCUUCCCAAGAGCUGGGAAUAAAGCCGUGUGCCACCACGCCCGGCUUUUUUUUUUUCUUUUUCUUUUUUCUCUUUUGUUCUUUUGAGACAGGGUUUCUCUGUAUAGCCCUGGCUGUUCUGGAACUGGCUUAUAAAGCAGGCUGGCCUCAAAUUCAUAUUCACCUACCUUUUCUUCCCAAGAGCUGGGAAUAAAGCCGUGUGCCACCACGCCCGGCUUUUUUUUUUUUUUUUUUUCUUUUGAGACAGGGUUUCUCUGUAUAGUCCUGGCUGUUCUGGAACUGGUUCUUUAAAGCAAACUGGCCUCAAACUAAGAAAACCAUCUACCUCUACCUCCCAAGGGCUGGGACUAAAGGUGUGUACCACCACCGCCUGGCAUAACAAAUGUUUGAUAAACUUGUUAAAUAAAUGGCGCUUAACUGUUGGUUCCAAA